GUGAGAAGAAAGAGGGAAAAAAAAAGAAAAAAAAACAAGAAACAAGAAAAAAAUAGCAAAAUAGAAACGCCACCGCUUACACACGCAGCCAGUGCGUCGAGAAUCAGCAGCCGUCGCUCAAGUCCCGGCCCCUCGGCAUCAAGCAGAAAGGCAUCCUCGCCACCUGCAACUACGUGGCCCGCCGCCAUGGCGUCAGGAAGCUGAUGCCCAUCGCUCAGGCCAAGAAGGUCUGCCCGGACCUGGUCCUGGCCGACGGCGAGGACCUGUCGCCCUUCCGCGACGUGUCCAAGCGCCUCUAUGCCCUGCUCCGGUCCUACUCGUGGAACGGCAAGGUAGAGCGUCUGGGCCUGGACGAGAUGUUCCUCGACGUCACCGACAUGGUCUCGUACAACCUCGAGCUCCUCAACCGGAACGCCCUGCCGCAGUCCUAUUUCUGUCUCUCCCGCUCCGACCCCGAGGUAGGCUUUGAGUACGAUGCCACGUCGUUUGCCGGGUGUGUCCACGGUAACCGUAGUAGUAGUAGUAGUAGUGGUGGUGGUGGUGGUGGUGGUGUUGAUGGUGAUGACGCCAUCCAGCCUCAGGAGAGCGUUCUGUACAUGCGCCUACUGGUGGCCUCCCACCUUGCCUUCUAUCUCCGGAUGAAGAUCGAGGAGCAGGGAUACACCACCGCCUGCGGGAUAUCGACCAGCAAGCUGCUCGCUAAGCUGGUCGGCAACAGGAAUAAGCCGCGGAAUCAGACGACCCUCCUAGCCCUGUGCCAAGAGGACGUCCAGUCCUUCAUGGACGAGCACAGCCUCCGCAAGGUCCCCGGGAUAGGCGGCAGGAUUACCCGCCUGCUGGAAGGCUUCGUCCUCGGCAGGGAACCGGACCCCGACACCCAUACGAUGGAGUGUUCCACCACCGUCGGCCAGGUGCGUACCCACCCCGGCAUCUCACCCUCGAGCCUGUCCCGCCUCCUAUCCGGCCGGGGCUUGGAGAAAAACGUGGGCCCCAAGGUCUGGGCCCUGCUCCACGGCGUAGACGACAGCGAAGUGCAACCGGCGCGCGACAUCCCCACCCAGAUCAGCAUCGAGGACACCUACCGCGGCCUCAGUAGCCUGUCCGAGAUCCGCCGCGCCCUGCUGGCCGUCACCGUCUCCCUCGUCCGGCGCAUGCACGCCGACCUCCUCGAGGGGGAGGACGAAGACGUUGAUGACGGCGACCACGACGACGACGACAACAAGCCCCCGGACCGCGCCGCCGCGACUGCGACGCCGUCAUCCCGUCGUCGCAGGUGGCUCGCCCGUCCCCGGACCCUCCGCCUCACCACGCGGCCCUACACCGCCCCGCAAGACGAGAAGCCCUACAACUGGGGCCGCGCCUCCCGCAGCUGCCCCCUCCCCUCGUUCGUCUUCAACACGAGCCUGCCGCGCGAGGAGCGGGCGGCGAGGCUCGUGAACGAGACGCUGCUCCCGCUCUUCCAUAAGCUGAACCCUCCAUCCCCUCCUCUUCCUCCUCCUCCCACGGCGGUAGCCCGCGCCGGCACCGGCCCCUCCGCCCCGGGACCACCGGAGCCCGGAGGUUGGAACAUCGGCCUGCUCAACGUCUGCGUGACCAACAUGUCCGCCGGCGCCGUCGACGGCGGUGGCGGCGACAUCAGUCAGCUGUUUCGGCGGCAGCAGGGGGGGUUGCCGUCAAGGGAAUCUCCGCCCCGCGGGCCGCCGCCGCCGGGUGCGGGACACACUGUUGGUGGUAACGGUUCUCUGGAAGAAGAGCUCACGAUGGAGGAGGGUGGCGACGGGGAGUCGGCCGUCGCGCCGCGGGAAUGGAACGACUUCGGCGGUGACAAGGUGGUGGUGGAGGAGGAGGACGAGGACAUGUGGGAUAGCGACGAAGAUACCCCCCACGAAGACUCGGCGCUGUGUCCGCUCUGCGACCGGCUGCUGCCCCGCUUCGCCAUGUCCGCCCACGAGCGGUAUCACAGCUUGGGCGACGCUUGAGAGAGAGAGAGAGGAGAGGGGGGGGGAGAAACCGUGUGUGUAUGUGUGUGAGAAUAUAGAUAUGGAUGUUGGGGAAAGGAAAAAAAAAACACCCAGACACGAUCUACCAUAAGAGAGCCCAUCCAUAAGUCACAGAAUAUGUAUGCAUGUGCUUGCG